UUAUAUUAUGCACGUGACACGAAUUAUUUUCCCAGAGAGGAAAUACAUUUCCCAGGUAACCGUGCGGCUGUGAAGUCCCGUCUCCAUGACAGCCGUGCUAUUGUUGUCGUCGUUGGUGCUAGUUAGCAUCGCAAAUUCUCAAAUAGUUUAGACUCUAAGAAAGACAGACAGGUAAAUAUUUGACGACAUUCGACAGCUAUCUGGUGUAGCCAGAUUAAACCGACGAUGAGUCAAAUUAUACAAGUGCUGCGGCACCACCUUUCUCUUAUAGUACGUUUGUGUCACCGUUCACGCAACGCUAGUUAGCUCAUUUUCAAGCGUAGCCUCCCCCUCCAGCGUUAGCCGCAGCCCCGUCCAACAUUCCAGAUCCAGGCUUUUACCUGGUGGGUACCCACAAGGCGACUGGAGGAGAUGUUGGAGCUCCCUCUAUGCUGUUUGCAGAGAGUCGAGCGAGAGGAGGCGGGGAAGAGAGACGUGGUCUCGAGCCCUUGAACCGGAGAGAAAAGAGGAUGAUUUCACGGUACAACAGGAGACCAGUAUCGCAUAAACUUGAGAUUCGUGGUUUGUCUCGAAGCAGCCUCGAUCACCACCCUCUCCCUGAAGAAGCAGACGAUAUCAAAGCCUCUCCGCGUUACCUCCAUGACCUGCAGGAAGCCGUCUCUGCACACAACAGCUCGCAGACGUCUGCCGCCUCGGACCACUCCGACGGCCCAACCGUCAUCUCAGUAUCACCCAGCCAGUCCUGGUCCGGCAUUCACAGCUCCACAGGAACCGGCAUCUCCACAGAAAGGAGCUCCGUUUUCUCUUGGGGCUAUGAUGAGUUUGACAAGGCGGCGUCGCGGCAGGUGCAGCAGAUGUUUGAUGAGAUCGACAAGGAGCUGUAUGAAGGGAGAGGCUGUGGGGGGGGGAUACUCCAGGGGCUGCAGGACGAAUGCCAGCAGUGGACCACACGCUUUCCACAUCUUCGGAUCCUGGGGACUCAGCUUUUGUGCCCCACCGACGAGGGCUUCCAGUGGUACGCCACUCCAGGGACAGUCAGUCGUGCCAGCAACCCGUCAACAGACAGAAAAUCUACUGUGAAGAGCCAAGGCAAAGAGAAAGGGGCUGCAGAGUUGAAUGUUCAGGGCAGGAAAGCUGCACUGAUCAAAGAGUUCAAUGGCCCUCCUAACAGCGAGCCUAGCAGCUACGACCAGCCGAGAGUGAUUGAAGUGGAGGGUGUGAUGGAGGAAUAUCUGGCUUUUGAUAGCCGGGACUUGAAUGAGUGUCACGAGGAAUGUCCGGAGUCUGUCCGGCGGCAUCACUGCCUGCCCCCGGUCUCACCGUACCGCUGCCGCCGGCAGGCUGUUCUCGACCUGCUGUUUGACGACGUCUGGCGGGAGCUGGUCGGCUGGAUGAAAGAGCUGGUUCAACGUCACUGGGAGUGCUGCACCUCCCAUGACGAAACACUAUCUGGGAGCCUGAGCCCUGUGCAGCCAGACGCUCCGAAUCCUUUCAUGCUGCUCUCCUCGCUGCCCGCCGCGCUUCCAAAACUCGGUCAGAGCCGAGUGCCACCGCUCACGUCUGGACAGCAGCUCCAGGGGGUGCCAAUCAGUUCGGAGAAGUCUGUGCUUGAGGCAGUAAGUAAAGCGUUUUCAGUCGGGACGUCUUGUGUUCCCCAGAGUUUUCAUUCCUGCCUGUUGCUCUUCACUUUCUCAGUCUGUUUCAGUCCCUUUAUUCUAAAGUAUUUUUGGACUUGCUGUUUUUGUAUAUUUUGCCUUCUUAAUUUGGAUUACUCUACUUGCUCCACUGUUUCUUCUCUACUUUCGCCAUAUCUGCUGUCUUUCUUCGAACGUGCCAAUCCUCCCUCCCCCCGUCCCUCUUUUCUAAAGAACACAAAGUCAAGGGGCUCAAAGCACAAGUCCAGAUGGAAAUCCAAAAAGCAGAAAAGGCCUUCAGCUGCUGGCAGGACGCCUGCAGGGGCAGCGGCAACGCAGCACAACUUGAACGACCUCAUCGUGAUUCACAGCAUCCCCCUGCAGCAGAGAAACCUGGCUGUGCUGGAGAGAAGCCAGGAUCCGGAGGAGCGCCCGUCUCACAGGCCAGUCUCGAGCGCCGUCCCUUCCAGCAGACCUCGUCCUCGCAGAGCCCUGGAGCAGAGCUCUUCCUCUUUGUCCCGCCAACUGCAGUCAGCUCGCCGCCGAAACCCCCCUCCCCGAAACUUGCUGCCCCUUGUUCCGAGUUUGAGUCAGGCUGGGACAGGGGGAUACCUGGACGAGGUCAUCCGUGGGACACGACUAACCACAGCCAGCGACCGAUUAACAUCUCCGCUGGUGGCCCUGAGCCGCAACACUCCCCUGCCCCCCAUCGGAACCGGAGACGGCGAGUCGUCCCACCCAGGGCUGCUGUUGAAGCCCACACAGCGCCAGAAAGGUCCUUCCAGCCGCGCCCACAGCGCCUUAAACGACGAAGCUCAAAGUUCCGUACCGAGGGAUCGUCACCACAUACUAGACGUCUUCUCUCGUCCCAACACGACACACACGUACAGGUCAGACACUCCAUACCGGAGUUCCUUCACUGUGCUGGACAACAUCGGGCAGGGUCGGCCAGGAAGAGCCUCUGUAGGCACAGACUCUCUGGGAAUCGGUGUGACCGGUGUCAGUCUCGGCAUCAGCAGCUCGUCUUUCUUGGACUCAUAUCCUCACCACCUGCUGGGGCCGUCGCCCAUCAAAGACGAAGAAGAGCCCGAGCCUCAGAGCCCCGUCGCAGUCGCUCCUGUUCCGUCUCGCUCCUACACCCGCAGCGGCAUCUCAUCCAGAUCCAGCAGGCCUGGCUUGUAGUUCUUCCCCCCCGGGCCCUUGAUCUCAACAACCUCCCUGCUGUUCAUCUUUACCAGCCUCAUCUCUGCCCUCAGUCUUGUGUCGAAGUAGUUUGUUUUUGUU